AUGUCUGAUGAUACCUUGAAUAUUACAGAAAAUAACAGAAAUACAAACCUUGCUACAGAGCCUAUUGAAGAGAAUCUUAGCUUUAUUGCUGAUAAUAUAGAUAUCAAUUAUAGCAAGGAUUUAGAUGAUAGUAAAAAUGAACAUCUUACAAAUAGUGAAGAUGCAAAUUCUACUAUCA